AUGUUUAACAAUGCUUUGAACUAUGUGUACAGCAAUCAGUCCUAUGGCAUCAAGCAAGGCGACGUGAUGAUUAUUGCUCCAACUAUUCUCAACAUGGAUGAUCUGUGGGCAGGUGGUGUCGAAGGGAAUUGGCUCGCCUACGACAAGUCCGUUUGGCAGAUGGGCGGUGUUUCGCACUUCCCGCCGCUGAAAAAAUCCGUGACGUUUUAUUCGGCUGUCGACAAGAUCAUUAAAAUGGUCAUGAACCAGACAAAUUUCCCUCAAGUGAAUCAGGUUGUUGUCGCUGGCCACUCGAUGGGCGGUCAAGCCACGCAGCGUUAUGCCCUGCUCAAGGCGGACAAGAAGUACGACGCAAAUAUCAAGUACUGGGUCGGUAACCCUGGUUCGUGGGCGUGGCUCCAAAAUGAAAUUGACAACUGGCCGUACGGCGUGGGUAACUUGUCGAGUAUCCCGAAGUAUGCUCGCAAGAACAUGACACAGGACUCGAACUACUAUAUCCAACGCUACCUCAAGCGCCAUUUGGAGCGCGGUACCAACUUUGUCGACUAUCUGACCAAAAUCAACAACGGUCAGUGGCCUGCAAAUCACAACCUCUCUUAUGUUGCUGGUGUCUCGCACCAAGACUACCCUAUGAUUGCUGCGACGCAGUCUUUGGACUUUAUCUUUGGCCCUGACAUUAACGUGCCGCGCACCGACACGUAUGGGCUGCCGAAGAACAAGACGCACAGCCCCCAUCGCCCAGCGAAGGGUCCGCCGAUGAGUUCGUCCAGGCUCAACCUGUUCCGCAUCGUGGCGUGGGUGAUCCUGGCUGCGAUUAUUGUCGCGCUGAUCGUUGGGUUCUUCGUCUUUGACCGCGUGUUCACGCCCAAUACAAACGACUGGGAUCGUGAUUACUGGGAGUCUGACUUUAAGCGGCGGCUGUUGUAA